AUGGUGAUCCAGGAUGGUGCAGACCUCUGCUUUCCACAACUCUCCAACACCUCCUGCAGGAGCCCUGGUUCUCCUUCGACUGAAGCUCUGCUGCUUCACAUCACGCUGUCGACUAUCUCUCUGAUGACAGUGGCUCUUAACCUACUUGUUAUCAUCUCAGUCUCCCACUACAGGCAGCUCCACGCUCCCACUAACAUCCUCCUCCUCUCUCUGGCUGUCUCAGACUUCCUCAUGGGUCUCCUUUUGAUGCCUGUAGAAAUCAUCCGAAACAUGACAUGUUGGUUUCUUGGUAACAUAUUAUGUUCUUUGUAUAAUUCUUUGUCCUUCAUGAUUACCUCUGCCUCAGUAGGACACAUGGUUCUCAUAUCAGUUGACCGUUAUGUAGCCAUCUGUGACCCUAUGCAUUAUCCAACCAGAGUCACAGAGAAAAGAGUUAAACUCUGUGUGUGUGUGUGUUGGCUGUGUUCUGUUUUCUAUGGUGGCCUUAUUGUAAAGGAUGACUUUAUAAUACCAGGGAGGCAUAACUCGUGCUAUGGAGAAUGUAUGAUUACUGUGGAUUACAUUCCAGGAACUGUUGAUCUUGUCAUAAGCUUUAUUAUUCCAGUUACAGUCAUUGUAGUUCUGUACUCGAGAGUUUUUAUGGUGGCUGUUUCUCAGGCUCGUGCCAUGCGCUCUCACAUCACAACUAUCACAGUUCAGUUUUCAGUGAAAACAGCGCCAAGAAAAUCUGAGCUGAAAGCAGCCAAGACUCUCGGUGUUCUAGUAGUUGUUUUUUUAAUAUGUUUCUGCCCAUAUUAUGGUGUUUCUCUUGCAGGAGAUGACUUGCUCAGUGGCUCGUAUGGAUCCUAUGCACUUUUUUUAUUUUAUAUUAACUCCACUCUAAAUCCAGUAAUCUAUGCAUUGUUCUAUCCAUGGUUUAGAAAAGCAGUUAAACUCAUUGUUUCACUUCAAAUUUUGCAGUCAGGCUCCAGUGAAGCCAACGUACUAUAG